UCUCUUGAAAUCAUCAAAUAACAAGGGAGCAAUGCGCGAGUACAAAGUGGUGGUCCUCGGCAGCGGUGGGGUCGGGAAAUCCGCCCUCACUGUUCAGUUUGUGACCGGGACGUUUAUUGAGAAGUACGACCCGACCAUAGAAGAUUUUUACCGCAAAGAAAUCGAGGUGGAUUCCUCACCCUCUGUUCUGGAGAUUCUUGACACUGCUGGUACCGAACAGUUCGCAUCCAUGCGGGACCUUUACAUAAAAAAUGGUCAAGGCUUCAUAUUGGUCUACAGUCUUGUCAACCAGCAGAGCUUCCAAGACAUCAAACCCAUGAGGGACCAGAUCAUCAGAGUGAAAAGGUACGAGAAGGUCCCAGUGAUCCUGGUGGGGAACAAGGUGGACCUGGAGAGUGAGAGGGAGGUGUCGGCCAGCGAGGGCCAGGCUCUGGCCGAGGAGUGGGGCUGCCCCUUUAUGGAGACCUCGGCCAAGAGCAAAACCAUGGUGGACGAACUGUUCGCCGAGAUAGUUCGGCAGAUGGACUACGCCGCCCAGCCAGACAAGGAUGACCCAUGCUGCUCCUCCUGCAAUAUACAAUAGCCCCAGAGCCUAGGGGACGCCAGGGGGACAGGGGAGAGAGGAAGUCUGCAAACACCAAGAUACUGUACACAGAGAGGAGGAUUAUACUCACACCAACAACAUGGAUGAUUAAUAAACUCAUGGUAGAACUGUGGUGGAUUUUAACUCAUUGGUGCAUAAAAUCAGUCAUGAUGUAAAUGAUAAUAAUGAUAUGUUAAUAAUUAAUAGAAUGAAAUGAGGAAUGCAAAGGAUUUGCGCAAGAGAAAUUGACAAACCGUACUAAAGAAAAGUGCACUCGCCUUAUGUUAUCCUGUUUUCUCUGGCGGAGAAAAAAUAUGUCUUGAGUCGUCCGUGCAGAAUUACAGGUUUUGUAGUCUUUAUGUUUUCUGCGAUCGGCUUCGGUAAUGUUUAUUUUACAUUGUUUUGGUCUUGUUGAUAUGACCCAGUUUCUCUGAGCACAUCAAGCAGGAGCCUUCUUUCUCCAUGUUAAGUUACCAUGACAGCGCAGAGCGGCAGAUAGAGGGGAGGAGAUAAUCCCUCUGAUCAACUUGUUUGAAACAUUGAUGAGUAAUUGAUUUGUGUGCUAAGUUUUCCUGUGCAGAAAAAUAGAGGGCCUACCUACCUUCAUCCAAGGGUAAACAUUUUUUUGUUGCACAUCACUAGGACAGAACCAAAGAGGUGACUUGAAAGCGCCUCCAUUUUUUCCCCUCUUAUUUCCUUUUUAGUUGUUUCGAGGAAUGGAAAGAAAAUGGUGGAAAAGUCAGUGUCAUUCUUGAAACAAUGUUGUCUUCUCCUUCCUAUUUUCUUAUGAUAAGUGUAGCAGAGGUAGGUGUCUGUCACAUAUCCUGUGAUUUGUUUUGGUUUCAGGAGGUUCUGACAACAGAUUCCUGAAUAUUGUAACAGUUUCAUUCGGAUGGGACAAGAAGGAUUCCAUCUUUCAGUGUUUGAAUAUCUCAACAGACUGUCUCUAGAAACUGUCUUCUUUUCAGGAAUGAAGAUGUCAUCACUCAUCAUUCUCUACAUUUUAUUUUUUUGGUUGGGUAUCACAAAUGGGAUGCGACGUUUUGUCAACAUCCCACUCUUUAUGUAUUCAGAGUAUUGAAAUUCAUAGUAGGCUAAUAAUAGUGAUGAUGAUGAUGAUGAUGAAUAACAAUUAUAAUUAACGGUAAUGUAAAUAUUUUGUAUGGAAAGUGCCAGCUCCUAUGAAGACACUGACUCAACACGUGGAAUUGUCAACUGUAUGCAUGGCUAGUAAAUUUAAAAAAGGACUUCAUCGUUUGAGAUUAUAAUAGACUGUGGAAACGUGCAAACCAAACACAUACACGUCUGGGUCUGGACACUGUCUCAACUGUAUGUCGUUGUUGCCACGGGGAACCAGACCUUCCCUGAGUUACCAUUUUUCAUUGUUCAUUUUAUAUUUUUUAUGUGACCAUUUACUCUUUCUCCCUCCCUAAAUGAAUGGUGACACUGUUUCAUUAG